AUGGCUCGAUUAGAUUCAGUAACUAGUUUAGUAAAAUUAUAAACAAAAUGGAUAGGUGAAUGUAUAGAGGCAUUGAAUACUGAGGCAUCAACUUUAAAAUGCAAUGAUAAAUUAAAUGAAGUUGCAUGUUUAUCAAUAUAGACACCUUUCUAAUAUUGUAAGUUUAUAGAAAAUGAAUGUUAAUUUUAGGAUCCUUAAAAUUUUAAAUCAUUUCUUUGCAGUAAUAUUUAGAAAGUAAAUUCAGGAAUUUUUUGCUAAGUAAAUGAAAUUUAUGCCUGCUAAUUUAAUAGUUAAACGCAUUCAUGUGAGGAGGUUAUAUCAAUUAACCAAAUUCAAUGCGUAGAAGCUAAUCCAGAAUAACUUGGAUAUAGUAAAAAAGCAUGUUAUUUAAAAUCCUCAGAUUGUACUUUUUCAAAUGGUUGCUAUUAAAAAAAGGCAACUGAGAAUAUUAAAUAUUGUAGUGAAUUUCCUGGUAAUGAAUGCAACAAGCCUUUGAGAGAAGGAUGUAAAAUAGAUUAAAAUAAAUGUGUUGCAAUAAAUCCUAGUGAAUAUUCUUAAUUAGAAUGUAAUCAAGUUUCAAAUAAAAUUGGGUGCUUAAAUAUCACUACAAAAAGACAAUUUUGCCAAUUUAAUGAUUAAAAUAAUAUUUGUGAGCUUAUAAAUUUAGAAAUACGGUCAGGUAUUUGUAAAAGUACCUCUUAAAUUAAUAGCUAAGUAUUUUGUGAAAAAACCUUUGAUGUUCCUUGCAAAUACAAUUCCUUAGAGCAUAAAUGCGAAAAUGCCCAAGGAGAUAUAGAAUUUUAAUGCAUAAGAGGUUUGAAUUAAAUUGCUUGCUUGACACAUACUUAAUAAUCUUUAUAAUGUAAAUUCUAUAAUUACUGUUACGGACCUAAUUACAAUAUUCUUAACUGUGACCCUAUAAAAAUCAAAGAUUGUUGCUUCUAAGCUAAUACUAUUGAAAGUUGUUUAUUUUAGGAUAAAUUUUUAUGUUAAUGGUAAAAUGAAGAAUGUAAAUAAUAUUCAGUAUCGAAUUAAGAAUGUUUAACUUUAAAUAAUGUUUCAAGAAAAGUAUGUUACAGCAUUAAUUAUGCUAUUUGUAUUUUCAAUUUCGAUAAAUUAGGAUGUGUAGAAAUUCAACCAAAUCAUUGUGAAUAAGUUUAAACAAAAGAAUAAUGUAUUUAAUUUAAUAAUUUACCUUGUUAUUGGGAUUUUAUCAAAGCCUAAUGCUUAACAAAAGUAAAGAAUCCUAAUGAUGGAUGUUAAGAUAUAUAAGAUUAAUGGGGUAGCGAAAGAACAUGCUUAGAUGUUGUAAAACAAGGAUAAAUGUGUAUCUUUUAAAAUCAAUGCACUGAUUAUACGUAAUAAUAAGUGGUAGGCUGUUCAUAAAAAGUGAAUAAAUUAUCUUGCUUAUAAUAAGUAUUAUACGAAUGUAUUUGGGAUCAAAAUUAAAAAUAACUAUGUCUUGAUUUCAAUCAACAAUCUAGUCAUUAAUGUGAUUCAAAUCUUAGUUAUCUUGCUUGUUUGAAUAUUAAUACCCCUGUUACAUUUUGUUAAUGGAAAGACAAUUAAUGUAAAAAUGUUGAAACUAAUUAAAUUUUAUCUUUCUCAUCCUUAUCUUAGUGUAACUGUAAUACAUGUGGAUUAAUAAAUGAUGGUUCUAGUGUAAUAUGCGAUACUAAGUACUUUAAAUGCUUAAAUGCAUCAAAUCUAAAGAAUCUAACUUGCAAUUUUAAAGGUAUGAAUAAGCAAGCUUGUUUGAAUAUUAAAGACCAACAAUGUAAAUGGGAUGACACAAAAAAAAAAUGUCUUAAAUUAGAUAUAUAGAGUGGUAGUUGCAGCUUAAAAAAUGUUAACCCUGCAUCAUGUUCAUCAUUAUAAGUAUCUCUUCCUUGUGGAUCAAAAGAAAAUGAUUGUGAUCAAGUUGAUGUAACUAAAAUUUCUUGUGAUUAUCCAGGGUUAAAUGAGCAUGCAUGCCUUUAAAUCACAAAUUAUCCUUGUGGAUGGGUCUAAGAUGAUUAUCUUUAAUAAUAUUAAUGUAAAUUAAUUCAAGAUUUUGAUGCUUGUUUAGGCUAUAAUCAUUAGGUUAAUGCAUUUGUAUGCACUUAAAUUUUAGAUGCUCCUUGCUUUUAUAAUUCUAUAAUAAGAAAUUGCAUUUUAUUUAAAGCCCAAUAAGAAAUUAAUUGUAAUCUACCAGGUAUUAAUGGUAUUGGAUGUUCUAAAAUUGAAAAUUGUGUUUAUUUACAAGGUAGGUGUAUGAGAUAUGAAAAAACGAUGAAUUUAAAUUGUGAAGAUGCUCUAUUUUCUAAUCAUAAGGUUUGUACUUAAAUUUAAAGGAAUAGAUGUAAAUAUAAUAAUUUAGGAUAUGGUUGCAUAUCAUCAGAGUUAUAGGAUAUAUGUUCAACAAAAGGGAUUAAUUAAGUUGGCUGCGAUGAUUUAUUAGAUUGUCAAUGGAAUUAAUCUCAAUGUCUAUGUAAGGCUAUACUAACUUAAUAUCCAGAUUGCUCAUUUAUCACAAAUUCCAGAAAAUGUUAAAAUUUAAAUUAUUGUUAUGUUGCACCAUCUAAUCCUUAAUAUAAUGUUGAUAUUAGUUAAGAAAUAAUCGAUUAAAAUUUAGUAAAAUGUUUAAGAAGGACAUGCGAUUAUUAUUCAAUAGAUUAAUGUGACGGUUAGAAAUUAGAUACUGAUAUAUGUUAUUUAACCUAGGAUAAUAAAUGCAAUUUGGCAAAAACAUGUGAUGAUAUAGUGAAUCCUUAAAAUGAUUGUUUGAAAUAUACCCUAAAGAAUAAACAAUGUUUUAGAGAUUAAAAUAAUAAGAAUUGUGUAACUUCACCAGAUUGUGAGAGGUUAGAUUUUUAAACCUGUUAAUAAUUUCCUCAAGAUUGCAUUUUUGAGGAAAUAUGUAAGACAUUAGAAUGUUAUCGUUUUACUAUAAAAUAGAAAUGCGUUGACAAGAAAUGUGAAUGGCUUGAAUAAAAUAAAAGUUGUAUGAACUCACAAUUUUGUGCUUCUCAAAACAAAGAAAAUUGCAUGUUAGUUUAACAAAAUGGUAAAUAGUGUGCUUUAAUUGAAGAGGAAGGAGAGGAUUAUUUUUGUUCAGUUAUAGGAUGUAGGUAUCUAUUAAUUAAGUAUUCUUUGUGUAAUGGAGCUUAAAUUGGUGAUGAUGUCUGUGUUCCUUUAUCAGAUUCAACCUGUGUAAGUUGUUAAGAGAUUAUGGAUCCUUGUAUUUGUUUGUAGUACGAAAAUUAUUGUGAAUAUGAUAAAUUUGAUAAUCUUUGUAAGUCUAAAUAAUGUGGAAGCUUCAAUCAUGAAACUUGUCCGGCUGACAGAUGUUAAUUUAAUGAGAAGGGCCAGAUAUGUAUUCCACUUUGCGAAAAUAAUUAUAACCGCUAGCAAUGUAACCAUUUUGAAUCAUAUUGUACUUGGGAUAAAAAUUCUAAAUUAUGUACUUAAUUAGAAAAAUUCUACAUAUAUAAGGAACCUUCCUCAAUUAUUGUAGUUUCGGAUAUCCAUAGUAUAAUUUUUAGAAUAAUAAUACUCAUUUAAAUUCUUUAAUAUUGA